CCAGUGAAAACAACAACAAUAACAACUACAAUAACAACAACUACAAUAACAACAACUACAACAACAAUGUGGCUACUUUCAGUUGGGACCUCUGAAAGGAAUGGUUUUUUUCUUCAUCUUGAUCAGUCCUGCCUAAGACGGCCACCUGUCUUAUACGGCCACUUUUCUCCUUGACAAUGGGUGGCCGUCUUGAUCUUACACAGGCUCGACUGUAAGUAUAAAUAUCUUCUAUCCAUCUCAGCCAGAGUUGAAUGUGACACAAGGUUUUAACGUCGAAGCUUGCCUUCUGAGCGAUCUAAAUUAUAGUGUCAAUGGGGGCGGGAAACACUUACAUUCAAAUCUUUUUAGAGAUCCCUUAAUUAAGACCACGACUACUCUACGAUGAGAAGACAAGAAGCCUUGCUUUGCCAGACGUACAUGAGUAGCCACACAGCUAUCUCUAAACCGUAAAAGGAUUUUUGUCGUUUCCAUGGGUUGACACAAUAACUAACUCAUGUCGUCAGGAAGUAGUCUAUAGAUGAUAAAAAUUCUAAUAAAACAGUUUGGUCUGCAAGUGAAGUAAUCAGACAAUGGCAUAAAAAAAAGAAACAGAACAGACCCUACCAGAGCGGAGUGCCUAAUGUAUUAGGCUGCCAAUAAUUAAAGCACUAUGACGCCUUGAACUGGAAGUAAGCACAACAAAGUCUGCUCGAUUUUCUGAAAAUGUAAGAGUUUAUAAAGUGAUUGCACACUGGCUGUACUAUCUGUUUAAGACUUGUUGUAGGCAUGAGAAUUUUCAGACAUAUUCAAAAGCUAUAAUAUUGGCUUACCAUAAUUAUUAUUUUAUUAUUAUUAUUAUGUUCGUAUCAAGGAUUGAGAAUGACAGUUCUUUAAAGCAAUAUUACGCUUUUUAAAAAUAUUAGAUACGAGCAAGAAAAAACUGGCUGCUUGAAAAUUAGACACACUUUGUUUUGCGAAAUCUACUACCCGUACUUGCUUAUUUGCUAAUGUUAUUAUACGACAUGUACUUUUAUUAUAAUUUCGGACAGUUUAAACAAAACAUACCUGGCGAACAUUUUCAUUAAGUUGCCACUUUGAGCAGUGAACCUGCACUUCCGGUUCACAGUUCAUUCAGCCAUUCACAACAAUAACUAACACUCAGUUAACAAACAAGGCUAGUGUUUCUCUCUAGCACCAAACCAAAGGCAACUUAGACUUAGAGAAACCGACUGGCAACUUCUUAUAAAUCAGAUUCAAAGAAGAUGGUGACCAGCUGAACUGAAGGAAGAACCACAACUUUCUUACCAUUAACAAGCCAUGGAGUUUGCUAUUCAGCGGCCCGAGAAGAGCUCCCAGGAUUUGCCAGAUUCCAGCAGAUGGACCAUCCUCAAGGCCAGGUUUCAACUCUUCUGUCAAAAUGUGCCAGCAAUUGACAGAUCUCAUUUCACUCCUCAUGCCACUACAGCUUCCAUCUUUAGAUACUUACUCAGAGGGAGUGAACUGCUUUUGGAAAGAAUCAACAGCCAUUUGUCAAGUUCUAAGAUUAGAAUUGAACCACAAGAGCUUGAAAAUAUUUUGACAGAGAUUGAACAUUUUUGUGUUCCUGGCUUCUUGUUGCUGUAUGAAAGACAUAAGUUUUUUACCCGAUGUCAAGGCAAUGAUGAAAGUGUUCACUCAUUUAUCGUAGAUCUCUUGUCUCUGGCAGACAAUUGUUGUUUUGAGGAGCAUAAAAAGAGGUAUCUGUCUUCCAGAAUUGUGAAGGGAGUGAGAGAUGAAAAACUGAGACAAAAGUUGCAAAGUGUGGAUAAAGUUAAUCUUCAACAAAUCAUAGCUACCUGUUUGAAUUUUGCCUCUGAAGAUUUUGGAAGGUGUCAAGGUGCUAAGUUUGGUCUGCAAGUGAAGUUAUCAUUUAAUGAAAAUUGUGACAGUGAUAGUGAAAAUGUUGACACUUCAUCUUGUAAUCCAUUGGUGAACAAUAAUGCUGCAGUGAGGGGUAAUGGUGAUAAUCUGACACAUGUCCAUGCUGAGAGCUGUGACCGGAAUGAAAGAAGUGAGAGGAAAGCUGUUACAUCUGGUUCUGGCCUUGUCACUCAGCCUGGACGACCCAAACGUAACGUGAAGAAAGUGGUCAGGUACGGCGUCUCUGAUGUGGAUGUAGCUGAACAGAAAGUCUCAAAGGACGAGUCAUCCUCAGAAACUGUCAUCUGUCGUGUGUUUAAAAAAGAUGCAGUUCAGGGUCAGAGUGAAACUGGGCCCAAACUUAAUGAUGUAUCGAGCACAUUUGAUGGCAUAGACAGUCCCAAGCAAGAGAGUGUUGAAAUGAAACGUCAAGAAGAGUAUCAGGAAAGCCUCUUGGGUACCAUGUAUCUCUCUGAAGAUGAUGUGGAUCUCUCUUCUGGAGUACCUGAAAACAACGUGAGCUCUCACUCAGUGGGAGUAAAUGAAAGACAGGCCUGCCUAGAGGUCAAUAAACUUGAGUCGUGUAUUUCUUCAGCAAGCCACCCAGAAGAUGGUGGAGACAGUAUUACAUGUGGACCAAAUUUGCCCCUUAGGCGAGACUUACAGAAAAAUGCCAAGCACAAGUGCUCAGAGUGUAGUUCCUCCUAUGCCACGAGGAACCUGUUAAAGCGUCAUGUACAACGGACUCAUUCCAGGAAGAAAGUCAACAAAUGUGACAUUUGUGGUGUGAAUUUUCUCAGCUCGUCUCACCGCACCAAACACAUGCGCCAGGAACAUCCAGAGUCUCUCACGUUCAAAUGUGCCAACUGCCCAAUGACUUUUGACAGUCAGAGAGCUUUAGAUCAGCAUAAAGUAUCCCAUUCAAAAGAGGAAAAAGUGAAAUGUGAAGACUGUGAUCUGACUUUUCGCAGCAUGCAGGAAUACAAUCAGCACCGGCGGAAAGAACAUCGCACUAGUAGAUACCCAUGCAAUAUCUGUGGGGUGCAGUUCCAGUACCCUUCAAAGUUGAAGUUGCACGCAAUGAGCAAGCACAACGCCACCAAGCCCUUCAUGUGUGAAAUCUGUGGAGCUUCAUUUGCAGAGAAGAGCAUCUUGAUCAAUCACAAAAACAUUCACACCGGGGAGAAACGACACGAGUGUGCCACUUGUGGGAGAAGAUUUUUGCUGAAGACGACCUUGAACAACCAUGUACAGACCCACCUCGAUCAUAAGCCGCAUACCUGCAACGUAUGUGGAGUCAGCUUCAAGCUAUCCUACUACCUCCGCAAUCACAUGAAGAUCCACUCUCAGAACAGAGAGCGACCCCACGUCUGUGCCACGUGUGGUGCAGCGUUCCUCAAGUCGUACCAGCUUCGCAACCACGAGAGAAAGCAUACGGGAGAGAAGCCGUACAAGUGCACCAUUUGUGACAUGGCUUUCUCGCAGAUGUCCAGCAUGAAAAAACACGUGAAAAGAAUCCAUGAAGGUGUGAAGCCUGCAGAUAGAUUCUCGUGUGAGUUCUGUGGCCUGUCAUUCACUCACUCCUGCAAGCUCAAACUCCACCUCAUGAAACAUACGGGCGAGCGUCCGUUUGUGUGCUCGCUCUGUGGGGCGUCAUACCGCGAGAACCACCAGCUGAGUAAACACAUGAAGAUUCACAGUGGCCAGGAGCCGUUCAAGUGCCCGAUCUGUGGCCAGAAGUUUUUGCAGAGGUCGCACAUGGAAGGACAUGUGAGGAAGCACACAGGAGAACGACCUUUCUCAUGUCCCAUCUGUAGUGCGAGAUUCUCCCUGAAAGGUUAUCUCCGUGAUCACAUGAAGACUCACGACUCCAACCGGGAGAGACGCUACAAGUGCGGUGUCUGCGGCAAGGCUUUCACCUGCUCUUCACACAUGAGAAGCCACGAACGUCUGCACUCGGGGGAAAAGCCUCAUAGAUGCCACAUCUGCAACACAAGGUUCACGAAGCGCUCCUCGGUGCUCAAGCACUUAAAACGAACGCAUGGCAUUCACAACCCGCCCGCACUGACCACAGAUCAUAAUCAGCAGCUGCAAAUUCUACAGCCACAUCAGCAGCAACAACAGCAACAUCAUCAGACUCUGCAGCCGCUACAGCAGACACCAGUCUUGAACCAUUCUGCUCCAGAAAAUCUCCUCGAUGUAAUUGGCAACAGCAGCAACAGCAGCUUCUCCAUCACCUGUGGUAACACCAGGGUCCCCCUCAGCUCUGCCUCUGUCCUACAAGCCCCUCCUUUGCUCUUCCAGCUCUCAGGAAAACCAACAGCUGGGAGCACGGGUACCCUCGGCCUAGAUACUGGCGCCAACUUCCACCAUCAUGCUGAGCUGCAACCUUUAACUCCCUUGACCUCUGACCCCCAUAGAAUACAGCUGCAGCCGACCCUGAGUCAGCCGCUGGAGCAGCUGCAACAGCACCUGCAGCAAGUGCCCACCGCCGGUUCUGACCUGCUUCACCUUCAGCAGCUGGGCCAGUCGGCUGACCUCCACAGACAAGUCGUACACUCGGAGAUGAACUCCCCCAACCUCCAUCCCCAGACCCACGCCACCUACACCUUGGCCACUUGAUGGCUCUUCUUGGUGAUUCUCUGUCUCAAUGUACCACCAUCGGUAGUGCAGCACAGGAAUUUCUCUCUCUCUCUCUCUCUCUCUCUCUCUCUCUCUCUCUCUCUCUCUCUCUCUCUCUCUCGAAUUUGGUAAAGACUGUCAAGAAGGGCUCCCACUUCUAUUCUAUUCUGGGCAAUCUUUUAGAACUACCUCCAGUCAGCUGUUCCCUCUAUCUGUCUUAGUCUGAGAUCCUCCUUGAAAAUCGGAGCUUGUUUUCAGUUGGAUCUCGACCUUCCUCUCUUCUUCCUCCCUUGGGGAUUCUGCCUUCAGCUUUGCCUUGUUACAUUGUGGGCUGGCUUCCAAAAUUGUAAAAGAAUGUGCCUUAUCCACUGUCACCUUCUUUUCCUGAUAGGCUACAUCAUGGUCAAUUGAUUUGGGGGUUUUUUAAAGCACAAAAAACAAAUUUCUUUUUGAAGAAUUGUGACACUCAGGUUUCUCAGUUCUAGUGGAUCUAGCCUUAGUUUAGAAUAUGACAUACAAGAGAAUCGGAUCAAGCACUAGAUUCUUUGGAUCAAAACAGUCCCCCAUUCACAUUUUUUGGCUCAUACAUUCUUGGUUGGAGGGUGCUACUGAAAGAUCCUACUUCCUCCAUUCUCUCUCACUCUCUGUUGUACGCGCAUCUGUGUCUAUCAAUCUGACUUUUCAUUUCUGUCUAUCGGAUUGGGCCUAUUGUUUUUCCAAUAUUAUAUACAGUACGCUUGUCUUUACUCAAGCAAAUAAUUAUGUGCCGGAAUUAUCCUUUGUCUCUUUCAACUCUCACUGCACAGGAUUUUUUCAGUAGGCCAUCACCUCCUCUUUAUUUGUGUCACUUUCCAUGGAAUGUUCUGAACUUGUGCAGCCGAUAGUACAGACUGCAAUGAAAUCCUACUAUUGGAAAGCAGUUUAUUGGUUAACAUGUUGAUCUAUUAUAGAGGUAUAUUAUACAGACUGUGUGUGCAGACUACUGUGAAAUUCUACAGAAAAUGGCAUCAUUAUUGUGCCGACUAGAGAACAAUUAACUCUUCUCAAGAUAAAGCAUUCAUUGUAAACAUUAUAUUAUAGGCAGCGUGCAGUGAAAACUCGUUGUUGUAAUUGGUAACAUGUGCAGGUUACACAGUAAAUUUUUUUACAACGUGGAAGUGGAAGCAUUGCAUAUUUAUUGUAUACAUACUGCAGCCUACAGACUUCAAUAUUAUUUAUUUGUAUUAGAUCAGCAUUAUAUAGUCAAAUAAAGACUACAGUGGAACACCAUUGUUUGAAAACAACAUUAUUUUAAACAUCUGCAGCUUACAAUGAAGUUCCAUUUCAACUUGAAAUGGAUUACUGUUUGGCUUGGUGGAUCUUUGAACAUGAUGUUUUCUAUUUAAUUUCUGUCACAAAACGGUGGAAUCGGGCACUCGUCAAAUUUUGGGCAUAUUAUGGAGUUAUUGGUGGUAUCAUAGAGCCUGCUG